UUGCGCAUCAGAACGCUCUGCAAACGUGCAGUCGUAGAUUUAUCUUAUUAAAGAAUUUAUUAAUCAAAGUUUAACAAAUAAAAUAAUAUAUAAAAAUGAAUACUCUACGAUCAAUUGUACAAAACAAAGUUUCAUUCCGACAAUUCCAUUCAUGUUUUAGAUAUUGUCAAGGAGAAGUAGCAACUGCUGCAAUACCAAAACUGAUAAUUCCAGCACCAGAAGGUACCGAUGGACCAUUGAGCCCUAAAAUUGAAAAACUGGUUCAAGAUAUCACUGCUCUUAAUUUAAUUGAAGUCGCACAAUUGAGUGAUGUUUUGAAAAAACGACUCAAUCUUCCUGAUGCUCCUGUCAUGGCUUUCGGCAGUGCGGCACCUAAAGCUCAGGAAGAAGAAGAAGCAGCAUCACCACAAAGAGUCCAAACAUCAUUUACUGUAAAAUUAGUUAAAUUUGAUGAAAAACAAAAAGUUGCUUUGAUUAAAGAAAUCAAAACGUUGAUGCCAAAUAUGAAUCUUGUACAGGCUAAAAAAUUCGUCGAAAGUGUCCCAACAAUUGUAAAGGCAGAUAUAAGUAAAGAAGAAGCUGAAAAACUUAAAGAAGCCAUUACCAAAGUUGGUGGAGAAAUAGAAAUAGCGUAAACUUUUUAUUUCAUUAACUACCUUUUUAUCAUUUAUCAUUCUUUAUAAUUAUUAGUUUUAUAAUAAAUAUCAAUACCAACAAUAAAAA